UCAAGCUUUAAUUCAUCCUACUUCGCAUAAUGCGACAAUCUUAUUUACGAUACCAAGAUGCCUCCUUUAGUACCACGCAAACGCUUGCGUGAGUCGCCACCACCUGGAGAAGGCAGAUCAUCAAAAGCAGUCAAAGAGAAGCCCGAUUCAUCACGGCGCAAAGCAACACUGUACGAUGAUUUGGACGCAUCUGCGACACCUAAUACAAACUCGAUUCUCCACGGGUUUGGAGACGAUGAAGAUGAUGAAAGCUCUUUGACAUCGUUGUCAGAAGAUGAAUUCGAGGAUGUUGUGCCACCAAAUCAACCGAAAGCCAAUGAAGCUGACUCUGAGGAUGAUGAUGAUAUUGAGUUUGAGGAUGUCCAAGCACCAGUCGCACCACUACCGGACGCCCCGGUAACAUCCGGGGACUUGGAAUUGACACUCACAAGGGACACUAGAAUCUCGCUCACAAAUACAUUUGACAGAAAAGGGCCCUCAAAACGAGAGAGGAAAGUCCGGCAUGCCACACAUUGCGUUCACGUCAUGUUACUUUUGUGGCACAAUGCUACUCGAAAUGCAUGGCUUUGCGAUCCCGAAGUCCGGGCGACCAUGAUCUCUCAUCUUCCUCCAAGACUCUGGGAUGAGGUGGAUCGAUGGAGGCGCAACAGUGGUCUAGAAAAGAAGCCGACACCUAAGAAGCCAGUGAAGGAAAACGCAAAAUUGAAAGGCGAAGGCAAAAAGGCCCAAGAUCGAAAGUCGCGCGACUGGGGUGCAGAGGCUGAGAGACUGGAAGAAGGCGCUGUUGAUAUGAGUCAUGGAGACCCCCUAUUUCGACUUAUGCAAACGUUGUCAGCUUGGUGGAAACAGCGUUUUCGAGUCACAGCGCCAGGGCUGAGGAAAUGGGGAUAUAUGUCUCUUGAGCGAUUAGACCGUCUUACGAAAGCGCAAAAAGCCGAACCUCAUGAUCCAGAGCAAUUUGGUGAGAAGAUCUCAAAUCUGGAGGAUUUCAGACAUCAUGCGCGAGUAUGCGAGGGGAGCAGAGAUGUAGGUGCCCAGUUAUUUACAGCUUUGCUUCGCGGACUGGGCCUCGAAGCACGAAUGGUUGCAAACUUGCCUUGUCUAGGCUUUGGAUGGAAUAAACUUGAGGAGGCCGAGCCUGAAAAGAGUGGAAGCGCGGAUCAGAGAAACGAGACACCCGAGAAGAAGGCGAAAUCGGCGACAAAGAGCGCGGCUACGGCAAACAAGAAGUCAGCGAAGAAAACAAAGGAGCCCACGAGAAAUUCAACACGGAAAACCAGACCUAAAACUGAGGUUGAAAGCGACCCAGAUGAUCUGGAGCUUGAGUACAAGGACACUGAUGAUGAAUCUGUCGUUGAGAUGGAUGUGACGCCACGGAAGACAACGGCCAAGACACCAACCAAAAAAUAUGACGCCGACAUGGAGUUCCCGCACUAUUGGACAGAAGUCCUAUCACCGGUCACUAACAGAUACUUGCCCAUUGAUGCUAUUGUCAAAAACGUAGUUGGAACAAAUCGAGAUCUCAUCGAAUCGUUGGAACCCCGUGGAGCCAAGGCCGACAAAGCACGUCAAAUCAUGGCAUACAUUAUGGCUCAUUCACAAGAUGGAACCGGCAAAGAUGUUACAGUCAGAUAUCUGAAACGGAAUAUGCUUCCUGGCCGUACCAAAGGAGUAAGGAUGACACCAGAGAAAGUCCCCGUCUACAAUCGUCAUGGGAAGGUUAAGAGAUAUGACCAGUUUGACUGGUUCAAAACCGCAAUAUCUGGAUAUCUGAGAGGCAGUAAGGACCACCCUGUAACCGAAGUCGAUGAGAUGGAAGAAGCUACAGAUCUGAAGCCUGCCAAGCCCGAAAAGAAGGAGGUCAAGGAGGGCCAGGAGACAUUACAAUACUACAAGCAGUCCAAGGAGUUUGUCCUCGAGCGGCACUUAAAGCGUGAAGAGGCACUCAGGCCUGGAGCCAAGGGUGUCAAAGUGUUCAAAAACAAGGGCAAAGGUGGCAAGGUCGAGGAAGAGGAUGUGUUCCUUCGCAGCGAUGUUCUGAACGUCAAGAGUGCCGAAACCUGGCAUAAGCAGGGACGCGCACCACUGGCAGGAGAGCAACCAUUGAAGAGGGUACCCUACCGCGCGGCUACGAUAAAUCGCCGGCGAGAAAUCAUGGAAGCAGAAGCUGCCACAGGGCAAAAGGUCCUGCAAGGGCUUUACAGCUGGGAGCAAACCGACUGGAUCAUUCCACCACCGAUCAAGGACGGUGUUAUCCCCAAGAACGAAUACGGGAAUAUCGAUUUGUUUGCUGAACACAUGUGCCCCGAGGGUGCUGUGCAUGUACCCUUCCGAGGGGCUAUGCGUGUUUGUAAAAAGCUACAAAUCGACUAUGCGGAAGCUGUUGUGGACUUUGAAUUUGGUCACCGAAUGGCUGUGCCUGUUAUCCGGGGAGUUGUGAUUGCCGAAGAAAACCACGACAUGGUUAUGGUAGAGCUCGAGAAGGAUGAGGCAGAACGUGCACGAAAAGAAGAUGAGAAGCGACGGAAGAAGGCGUUAGCUCAAUGGCGCCGUUUCCUCAUGGGCAUGCGCAUUGCAGAACGAAUUCGACAAGAAUAUGGUGAAAUUACUGAUGAAAUAUCAGUGUUUGGACAUACUAGAGACUCGGUCCAGACAAAGAAGCAACCACAGGUUGAGGAUGAAGAGAUGGCGGGCGGAUUUCUUCCAGAGGGGUAUGUAGAAGAAGAGGAGGAGGAGGAAGAGGAACCCCGGGCCCAUCACACUUCAAGCUUCUUCCCUGCUGUUGAUGAGGACGACGACGGCUAUGAUGGAUUAGUGAUGGAGCACGACGGUGCAGAUCAGCAAAGUGAAAGAAUGCAGAUGGAGGUCGACAGCAAGCAAGAACCGGCCCCGGGAUCGCAGGUCGAAGCAGGGUCGGAGUCUGGGCCGGAGUCUGGGCCGGUGAACACAAAGUUUGAUGCAGGGCCGAAGCAUGAAGAGGAUGAGGAACCAAAACUGGAUCCGCAAUCCGAGGCAGAAUCUGAGCCGCCACAAACGAGUGCAAGGAAAAGGAGGCGAGGUCCAGCGAAAGUGGUUAAGGAAAAGCCUUCAGCUGGGCGUGCAACGAGACGGUCAACACGGAGCGGACGGAAAGUUGUCUCAUAUGAUGAAGAUGCGGUGGAAGAGGAAGAUGAGGUCGGAGAUUCAUAUGCUGAAUCUGAGGAUGAUGAUUAGGGUUGGCCCCUGAGCGGCUCGGCUCAGUGUAAUAAUACAUGAUAGUAAUGUGAUAGUACGAAUAAUGAUAAUACCUAUCAGUUGUCAGUUUGCAGAGACGGGAG